AUGCAAACAAAACACCUCCCCGCGGCAUCAUUCUUCCUCCAGCCAGGACGAAACGAAAACCGCCCCAGUCGCAUCUCUGCACGCCUGGAUGUCGAUGAGACCGCCGUCGCGAUGAACGAACGAAUAGAUUUUGACCUCAACGAGGCGCUCAAAUACUACCUGAGCGACCCCGCCUCGGUGCCUACGCCUGAAGCUGACUCGCAGCUCCUGGAUUGCGAGCUGGACCCAGAGUCUUUGAGCUCGCCGUUGAUCGAAGAGAUCUUGAAUCCUAUCGUGGAUGCUGUGGCAGAGGACCCGGCAAGCCUUGCUCGGAGCUCGUUCUUUGAUUCCCUGCAGGUUCUGUUGAAGCUUACGCCCGUCCUUCCGUCCAAGGCACUGAGUAAAAUCCUCGAUCUCGUCGUCUCCGGACUGGCCUCGCUUGCCGACAUUGCGCAUAAUGACAUCGAGUCCGACGAGCCAGAGGCGCUAUCCGAGCACAAGGACCUCUUGGAGCUGUACGCAUUUUUAUUGCAAUGGUCACUAUCGUCCGUCGAAGCAAAGGUAGCGGAGAAGACUCCUGCCGCCGCCCCGGGACGACGGGGGCCUGGAAAGUCUGGACGGAACAAAGCUACGAAGGAUGAGUCGUGGGACUCGUCGGCACAGAUCCAAAUUGGAAUGGAGGUUAUGUGCAAGGUGCUAAAGUUGAAACUGUCGAAGCUCUUUGUGACGACAUCAGACCGUGAUACUUUUGUCAAUCUGUUUACUCGCUCAAUAUACUUGAUCUUGGAAAGCGAGCAAAGGGUCAAAAGCAUGACGAUCCGCAUGCAUGCCUUUAAAGUCCUCUGCAUUGCGGUCAAGCAUCACGGACAUGCGUUUGGUGCCCAAACAUCCAUCGUUCAAAGUCUUACAUAUUUCGAGCAUCUUUCUGAUCCCAUGGCAGAAUUCUUACACAUUCUUGCCGAACAAUACGACUAUCCCCAGCUCGCGGAUGAAAUCCUAAGGGAGGUGGGAAACAAGGAGUUCAAUCCAAAUGAUACCAAAGGACCCAGGUCGGUAUCUGCCUUUAUCAUUAAACUCUCAGAACUUGCGCCUCGCCUUGUGAUUAAGCAGAUGACAUUACUAGCGAAGCAACUCGACAGUGAAGCGUAUACCCUUCGCUGUGCCGUCAUCGAGGUUUGCGGGAAUCUUAUAUCCGACUUGAGUAAGCAAGAGGAGAGAAGUGAAAACUUCCAGACCCAGAUAAACUCUUUCUUCGAUGUGCUGGAAGAACGAUUCCUCGAUAUGAAUCCCUAUUGCCGCUGCCGUGUCAUUCAGGUGUAUAUGAGGAUAUGCGACCUUGACCAGAAGUUUCCAAAACGCCGGCAAACAGCAGCUAGGCUUGCAGCUCGGAGCCUGGAAGACAAAAGCAGUAACGUCCGACGAAAUGCUAUCAAGCUUCUUGGGAAACUAGUCUCGACACAUCCAUUCAGUGUUAUGCACGGAGGCCAGUUGUCCUAUAAAGAGUGGGAUGCACGUUUGCAGGCAGUAGAGGAAGAACUCAAUGCUCUAAAGCCCCCGCCUGAAACGCCAGGGCUAGCAGAGAUGGGACUAGAAAAUACCCAGAUUGACAGUGAACUAUUAGACGAUGCUACCCAAAUGCCCGACGACUCUCCUUCCAAAGCCCCAAGGAUGACCGAGGAAGAAAAGACGGCUGCAGUUCAGAGAGCUGCCGAGGAGGCUGCAACCUCAGAAAUGCUUGCGAGGUUACAGCUGACAAGAAAAUAUUACCUUGAAGCCAUUCAGUUUAUCGAAAUUCUACAUACCGCUUCUGAGACGGUGUUGCAGUUACUUUCGUCUCGGAAUAAAAGUGAGGUCAUUGAGGCCAUGGACUUUUUUGUCAUGCUAGACGCGUACAAAGUGGAAACGUCCCGGGCUGGAAUACGCAGAAUGUUACGCCUGAUAUGGAUGAAAGGAAACAGCGAUGAAGGAAAGGGUGUUCAGAACCAUCUGAUAGACUGCUACAAGGGACUCUUCUUUGAUGCCCCCGACGCUUUCAGCCCGAAUGAUACAGCCAACUAUAUUGCUCGGAACAUGAUAAGUCUUACGUUUGGAGCGACACCGGCAGAACUUACCUCGCUAGAGCAGCUUCUUAGCACUAUGGUGAAGGCCGGCCAUAUCUCAGAGCUUGUUAUCGGGAAGCUAUGGCAGGUAUACGGCGUUCAGAAAAAGGAGAUAUCAAGGACACAGAGGAGAGGUGCCAUUAUUGUGCUCGGGAUGCUCGCCCUUGCAGACCCUGAAAUUGCAGUCAAGGAAAUUGAAAUUAUGCUUCGAAUCGGGCUGGGAGGUCUGGGGCGGGCAGACCUUGUCCUUGCCAAAUACACAUGCAUCGCCUUGAAACGGAUAAAGCCUGGUCGACAAGCCAUUGCAAAAGAUGCAGCUCACCCGAAGCUCGCCAAUGACCACCCAGUACUAAUAAAGCUGGCCUCAAUGAUGGAAAUCGUUUCUGAUAGUAAGGAAUGGUACGGAGUCGCCGAACAAGCUAUAAGUGCGAUAUACACUCUCUCAAAACACCCAGAUACCCUUUGCUCUGAUAUAUUACGACGUAAAACGAGGGCCGUUUUCCGGUCAAACCCAGCUCCCCAAGGAGUGGACAGUGAAGGAGACCGCCCAUCAUCAUCGUCGUCGUCGUCAGUAGAAGCGGCAACGGCGAUGCCUGAAGAUAAUAACGCAGCGAGGCAAAAGGCCAGCGUUAUUGGGCUAUCCCAGCUUUUGAUUAUUGUUGGGCAUAUAGCUAUCAAGCAAAUUGUACACCUUGAAUUGUGCGAGCUUGACUUCAAACGGAGAAAAGCAGAGCAAGAAAAGGAAAAGGCUGCCAACCCUGCCCAAGAGAAGAAAGAUGAUGCUGCCGAAGAUGACGAGCUCGACCUCAUCGGCGGAACUACCGAGGACGAUUUUACAGAAGCCAUGGCCCAUAUUAGGGAAAGGGAGCUCCUGUACGGGGAGAAUUCCCUACUGACGCACUUCGGACCGCUAGUGACGGAAAUAUGUUCAAAUAACACGGCCUAUCCGGACCAGAACCUCCAAGCCACCGCAACUCUCUGCAUGGCUAAACUGAUGUGUGUCUCUGCUGAAUACUGUGAGAGCAACCUGCCGCUCCUUAUCACGAUAAUGGAGCGCUCCGACGACCCGAUUGUCCGAAGUAAUGCAGUAAUUGCUCUAGGGGACAUGGCGGUCUGUUUCAAUCAUCUCAUCGAUGAGAAUACAGACUUCCUUUAUCGAAGGCUUAAUGACGAUGACGUCUCGGUAAAGCGGACCUGUUUGAUGACCCUUACCUUCCUAAUCCUGGCGGGACAAAUCAAGGUAAAAGGGCAGCUUGGAGAAAUGGCGAAAUGUCUCGAGGAUGAGGACAAGAAGAUUGCAGAUCUGGCACGCAUGUUUUUCACCGAACUUUCCACGAAGGAUAACGCCGUCUACAAUCAUUUUGUAGACAUGUUUAGUCUUCUCAGCACCGAAAAGUCUCUAGAGGGCGAGUCGCUGAGGAGAAUAGUGAAGUUCUUGGCUGGAUUUGUCGAAAAGGAUAAACAUGCAAAACAGCUAGCCGACAAGCUCGCGGCCCGGCUGACGAGAUGCGAGACCGAGAAACAGUGGAACGACGUUGCAUAUGCUCUGAGUCUUCUGCAGCAUAAGAACGAGGAGAUUACGAAGACGGUGGCAGCAGGGUUCAAAGUUGUCAAGGCGAAUGCAUGA